AUGGCUAUUACCGGGAUGACAUGCGCUGCAUGUGUAAACGACAUCAACUCACAGCUAAAUGAGAAGCAAUGGAUCACUAAGGCCACGAUCAAUCUACUUUCAAACAGUGGCGUGGUUGAGUAUAUUGGUACCAAGGAUGACGCCAAUCAAGUCGUUGAGAUAAUUGAAGAUACAGGAAGAGGCGCCGAACUUGAUCAGGUUGUUAACAUUGAUGGUGAAGAUAAGCCAAAGCAUCAGAGAAAUGUCGAGAUCCGCAUCGAUGGAUUCUACUGCGACCAUUGCGCCGACCGGGCCACGAAUAGUCUGAAGGGAUUCCUUCAAAACCUCGAAGUUAUCGCUAGACCUAGCCGAAAACGACCCAUUCUUAAGAUAGCUUAUACCCCUGUAGUGCCCAACUUCACUAUCCGACGGAUCCUCUUAGCUAUCGAAGCAAGCGAUCCAGCAUUCAAGGCGACAAUCUACCAUCCACCCACAUUAGAAGAGCGCUCAAAGAGGAUACAUGCACGCCAUCAGAAGCAACUCUUCCUUCGUGCCCUAUUCACGACAAUUGUUGUCAUUCCAACGUUUAUCAUUGGCGUUGUGUAUAUGAGCCUUGUGUCGAACUCCGAUGCAUCUAAGAUGUACCUCAUGGAGCCUUGGCGAUCCGGAAUCAGCCGGGCGCAACUUGCUCUUUGUAUCAUGGCAACACCAGUAUACUUUUUCGGUGCUGAUAUAUUUCACCGACGUGCAGUAAAGGAGGUCAGGGCAUUGUGGAGACUACGAAGCCAGACACCAAUUCUCCAGCGUUUUUAUCGAUUUGGCAGCAUGAAUAUGCUCAUAUCGUUAGGGACUACGAUCGCAUACAUCUCGUCAAUUAGCCAGAUGAUUGCUGCUGCUGUGGAUCGUCCAGAUAUGGUCAAUGACGAAAAUUUCUAUUUUGACUCUGUUGUAUUCUUAACGUUUUUCUUACUCUGGGGACGACUCAUCGAAGCAUACAGCAAAUCCAAGACAGGUGAUGCAGUGGAGGCUCUUGGCAAGCUUCGCCCGACUACCGCUGUGCUUGUCGAGGAUGUCACAGAUACUAAGGAGGCAGAGACAAUAGUCCAUACUGAUCUACUCGAAUUCGGUGAUCUCGUCCGUAUUCCCCACGGAGGCUCACCUCCUUGUGAUGGAAAGGUCGUGCGUGGUGUAGCCGAGUUUAACGAAUCCAGUCUAACAGGAGAAUCCCGUUUAGUAAAGAAGGUUACUAAUGACAACGUCUUCGCGGGUACCAUCAACGUUGGUAAACCUAUCUUAAUUCAAAUCACCGGUAGUGCUGGCCAGUCGAUGCUUGAUCAGAUCGUCGACAUCGUCCGAGAGGGUCAGACCAAGCGCGCACCGAUGGAAAAACUAGCAGAUCUGUUGACUGCUUACUUUGUCCCGUUUGUUACUCUCAUUGCUAUCCUUACUUGGCUUAUUUGGUUAUCAGUUGGCGUAUCCGGCGCGAUCCCUGGGCAUUUCCUCGAUGUAUCAUCAGGAGGCUGGGUUGUAUUCUCGCUUCAGUUCGCUAUCGCUGUCUUCGUUGUCGCAUGUCCGUGUGGUCUUGCUCUUGCUGCUCCCACUGCGAUUUUCGUCGGCGGUGGCCUAGCUGCGAAGCACGGUAUACUCGUUAAGGGCGGUGGCGAAGCUUUUGAGAAGGCGAGCCGGAUUGAUUGUGUUGUCUUCGAUAAGACUGGAACUCUUACCAUGGGUGGUGAGCCGACUAUCACAGAUAAUAUGAUAUUCCCUGGGCAAGCAGUGAGCGAAAAGCAGCGGGAUGCUUUCCUGGCGGCACUUCGGGCUACAGAGGAGAAUAGCACCCAUCCCAUCGCAAAGGCCAUUAUCUCAUUUUGCAGCUCCAGGACAUCUGAGCGCAUUGAGGUCUCAGAUGUCGAGGAGCUACCAGGGAAGGGUCUAAAGGCGACCUAUAAUAUUGAAUCAUUACCCUUCAAAAUUAUUAUCGGUAACGAAUCGCUCAUGCGCGACUUUGCAGUUAAUAUCCCACUCGAUGUUGCUACAGGCCUUCAGACGUGGAAAUCAGAGGCUAAAUCAGUCGCACUCGUAGCCCUCGAGACUCCUGCCGCGCCAGGUUUAUAUCAAAUCGCAGCCGCCCUCUCAAUCUCCGAUCCAAUACGGCCCGAAGCCUCUGCUGUGCUUCAGGCUCUAAAAUCGAGGGGCACGGAUGUGUGGAUGCUUUCAGGUGACAACGUCAUUACAGCCAAGGCUGUCGCGCUACGCAUGGGUAUUCCCGAAUCCAACGUCAUCGCCGAAGUCCUUCCCGCGGAAAAGCAUGAGAAGAUCAAAUGGCUACAAUCUACACUUAAGGCCCGCAGAGGAGAUGUCGAGCUCACAGACCGCCGUGCAUUCAUCGCCAUGGUGGGUGAUGGCAUCAAUGACGCACCGGCACUAACGACAGCAGAUGUAGGUGUAGCAAUUGGUUCCGGUGCCGAUGUUGCCAUCUCCAGUGCGGACUUCGUGCUUCUAAAUAGCAAUCUGGAGUCCAUCGUCACAUUACUUGAGCUUAGCAAAACGGUAUUCCGUCGCAUCAAGUUCAACUUCGGCUGGGCCCUCAUAUACAACUUACUUGCCGUACCCAUUGCUGCCGGGUGCCUAUACCCCAUUAUGUCUAAUGGCCAACACGUGCGUCUCUCGCCCGUCUGGGCUAGUCUGGCGAUGGCGCUAAGCAGCAUCAGCGUCGUGCUAAGUAGCUUGGCACUACGGAGCGGCUUGCCGUGGAUGGGAUUUAGAGCUAAGACAUUUACGAGUGAAGAUAAGAAAGGUAGUGAGACAAGUACUCAGGCUAAGAGUUAA